AUGAAGUCUCUUUCAGUUCCUGAAGUGAAAAUGAAAAUUAAGAAUUUGAGAACAACAUAUGUACAACAAGUUCACAAAAUUCUGCUUAAAUCUAGUCCUGACUCGAUAUAUGAACCAUCACUUGUAUGGUUCCAUGAAAUGGAUCGAUGCUUAAAACACAUACCAAAUAAUCGUCACUCGAAUAACAACAUUUCCCAAGAGAUUCCCGAAGUAGACUCUUCGUGCCAAAUAUGGGUAGACCAAGAACUGCAGAACAUAAACACUGAUGAAACAAAUCCUGAUCCACUUGUACCUCAAACCGAUGAUGAGUAUGAUUCUAAUAGAGCUGAUGAACAAAUCACUAAAGUUAAAUUUGAACGACAUUCUUCACCGAUAUAUUACAAGAAAUUAAAAAAGAAAAAAAUCAAACGAAGGAGUCCAACUAAAAGCUAUUCAGAUCCAGUAUCGGAGUAUGCAAAAGAAGAUGAAUUUGAUAUCUAUGGCAAAUAUAUUGCUUCACAGUUGAGAAAAAUGGACUUACACAAAGCUUUAAGGCUUCAAUUAGAAAUACAAAACCUUGUUAGUGAAGCAAGGAUCUCGGAUAUUGCAUCUAGUGAAUAA